GAGUCUCUCUUCUCCUUCGCUGUAAAACCGCUUCUACUGGUAAUGUCAACUUUCUAGGGUUUCGUAAUUCACUGGUUAAGUCAGGUUUUCUCCGCUGUAUUUGUUGAGGACGACUUGUUCGAUUCAACCGAGGAGCAUUCAGUGGAAGGUCUCAGUUUUUAUUUUGAGUUCAGAAUCUAACUGAUGAAGUUUUCAAUGGCCGGAGAGACGAAGGAUUUCUAAGUAUCAUGUCUUCCGUGCUUCUAUGAACUCUUCGUUGAUAGGAAAUCCCGAUCGAUUCCGACGUGCGAGAGGAAUGUGGUGUUUUUCCAUUGCAAGAUUGUAGGUAGGGAAAAUUUUGAUCAGUUGGUUGACACAUAUGGUUUUGAUCGGAUUAAAAUGGCGAAAUCGUGUGAAUGGCCCUUACGAUAUUCAUUUUAAUGAAUUAGGGGGUUCGUGCAAAGGUCUUAGAGAUGCCUGAAACAUAAAUUGAUAUGAACCAGAACGAAGUUUCAACGAUGAAGCCUCCCUUGGUUCCACUCGCUACCUUGAUUGGUCGCGAGCUCAGGAACGAGAAGGUUGAGAAACCUUCCAUCAAGUAUGGACAGGCUGGUCUAGCCAGGAAAGGGGAGGAUUAUUUUCUUAUCAGAUCAGAUUGUCAGAGGAUUCCGGGCAAUCCAGCAUCGUCCUUCUCAGUAUUUGCGAUCUUUGAUGGGCACAAUGGCAUUUCAGCUGCUAUAUAUGCCAAGGAGAAUCUACUAAAUAAUGUCAUGAAUGCGAUUCCUCAGGGCAUUGGUAGGGAAGAGUGGCUUCAAUCCCUUCCUCGGGCAUUAGUUGCGGGUUUUGUGAAGACUGACAUAGAGUUUCAACGGAGAGGAGAAACAUCUGGUACAACAGCUACCUUCGUUGUGAUUGAUGGAUGGACGGUGUCAGUUGCAUCGGUAGGGGAUUCAAGAUGCAUAUUGGACACACAUGGGGGUGUGGUUUCUCUUUUGACAGUAGAUCACAGGCUAGAAGAGAAUGCUGAAGAGAGGGAGCGUGUGACUGCAAGUGGUGGUGAAGUUGGAAGACUUAAUGUUUACGGAGGUACACAGGUGGGUCCCCUUCGUUGCUGGCCUGGCGGAUUAUGCCUUUCAAGGUCAAUUGGUGAUAUGGAUGUUGGGGAAUACAUUGUCCCUAUACCACACGUGAAGCAAAUUAAGCUUUCAAAUGUCGGCGGAAGGUUAAUAAUUGCGUCUGAUGGAAUAUGGGAUGCUUUGUCAUCUGAGAUGGCUGCAAAAUCUUGCCGGGGUUUGUCUGCUGAGCUUUCUGCGAAGCUGGUUGUGAAGGAAGCUUUGAGGUCAAGAGGUCUGAAAGAUGAUACAACCUGCCUAGUUGUUGACAUCAUUCCACCUGAAAAUUCUGUUCUACCACCAACUCCAAAGAUGAAACAGAAUAUACUCAGUUCAUUUAUUUUUGGAAAAAGAUCUCAGAAUUCUACAAGUAAAUUAACUAGCAAACGUUCUUCUGUUGGGGUUGUGGAGGAGCUAUUUGAAGAGGGUUCUGCAAUACUUGCUGAAAGGUUGGGUAAGGAUUUUCCCAGGACAAUUUCUGGGCUAUUCAGGUGUGCAGUCUGCCAAGUGGAUCAACAACCAAGUGAUGGUUUUUCUGUCAAUUCCGGACCUAUCUUCUUACCUCCAUCAAAACCUGGGGAUGGUCCAUUCCUUUGCAGAAACUGCCAGAUGAAGAAGGAUGCAAUGGAAGGAAAACGGCCAAGCCGAACAACAGUGACCACAUAGUUGAUUUUCUGGUAAUUGUCAUAGUUGAUAUAUGUUUAUAUAGAUAUAUAAAUUUUUUCUCUUCAGCAGUGUAAGCUUGUUCGUUGGAAAAAUACCUAAAAGAUUAAGAGCUCAUCACUGAAGAAGGGUUGCUUUGGGUGUUAUUCUUGAUAGUGAUUUUUGUCUCCCUGUAAGAAGAAAUAUGUUGGUAGGUCCUGUCAGAAAGUCUGUGUUGUUUCAGGUUUUUGUCUGGUUGAAGGGGUAACCAGUCCACUGUAUGAUUGUGAUAGUUUGCUAACAGCUUGAAUUUGUAUUUAACAUUUGUGAUGACUGGUGACAGCAUAUUUUCUAGUGCA